CUUAGAUCUGCGGCCACUUAAAUGAAUGGUCCAGAUUUGGUUACUCAUUGUUACUCACUCUAAGGUUACUCACCCUAUCUUGAGCCUACCUGUCACAUAGAAGUAUCGCCAUCUCUGCUGGCACAUUGAUGCUCUAAAACACAACACCUAACAAUGGCCAAGUGUAACCAAUGAAAGGGACUGCAGUAUAGUGGCACAAGUAAUAAAUAUCGAAUCCACGGGUCUCUAGAGUUACUAUUACUCAGCUUCAGUUCAUUAUCUAGCAAACUAGAUUAAGGAUUGAUUAACUAAACUACUCUACUAACUAAAAUAAGUAAAACUACUAAUUACAGUUUGGGAACUCACUUAGGUAUGAUUCCCCCUAGCUCCUCAGUUAGGUCCAAGUUGUAAUUCAUUUUGGUUGAUUUAUUGUUGAUUAAACUGCGGAAGAUCCGACAGUAGCUUGGAAUCUCUUAAGCUGACCAAACCCUCUCAGUCUAACUAUCCGGCAGACGACUAGUCUUCACCGGGAUAGAAAGCUGAAGCAAUAAGCACAGAACUCCACUACUGGAAUUGGAUUCCAGUACAAAGCAGUAAACUGGCUAACUCUCGUAUAGCCAGUCUCCUACUACCGAAUGAUGAGACUCUAGCAACCCAAUCAGAUUCUAUCUAUCUCAGAUUGCAGCAGGAAUCAGGAAAAGUUGAUCAGACUUCAAUUGACUCAAUAAACAUGCAUCAUUCGAUUAUAAUCAAACAAUAUAGCAUCCAAAACUUCAUACAAGAAAGAUCCUAACUCAUGGAACUAAGGUUCCUCAAAACCUAAGUGAAGGGAAGUUACUCCAUAGAGAAGAGAGAGACUGCAGAAAUCUGAUCUAGAUCUUCAAUCUCCAUCUCCAAGCUUGAUUCCCGAGCUCCAAUGGCGAAGAAAUCCUCCAAAAUAGCUCCAAGAAUGUUCCCAAGUCGCUCUCUCUCUCUAGGGUUCGUCCCUUGGGUGUUUGGGAUCCAAAACCCAGCUCUCCCCCUUUCCUUUUGCUGAAAAUUGGGUUUUAAAUAGCAAUUCCCGACUCACACGGCCAGGCCACACGGCCGUGUGGCUUGCUCAGCCUCUGUUUAAUGCUUCGUUUCUCCCUCGUCCGGACUCCGAAUCAGUCGCCGUUUGAUCCCAGACGCUCGUAGUCUUGUCCUCUUUCUUUUCAUGACAAGCUUGCAUGAUUAUUUGUCCAUAAAGUGAGGUCGAAAUCCAUUCUUCUUCAUGUCAUACCCGAGUUUCUUCUCCCGAAUCGUCAAUUGAUCUCUGAUUGACUUGAAACUUGCGCCUAUGCUUCACUUUAUGUGCUAGGACCUGAAACGUGACAAAGGAACACAACCUAGCGUAAAAUAGGCCAAAGACACGAUAAUUCAAGCUCAAACAAUCAAGAAACAAAGGGGAAAACAUGUGCAAAUACCGAGUCGUCACACAUCCGAACUUUCCUUUUUCUAUAGUGUGUAGAAUCUUCAUCAUAAUCAUCAAGAAGAGCAGCCAAAGCACAAACAUAGUACAGAUGAUCAUAGGCGAACCCGCUGUACGUGGGAGCGAUUAUAUGUUUGGAAUUGGAAUAUUUGGCCGAUCGAAUUCGUCAACUAUAUAUAUAUAUAUAAGCUUAAAUUGGAAUUAAGCAUUUCAUAUGGAGCUACGUACCUGGCCAGCAACCAAAUUAAAGAUGAGUUCAUCAUCAUCAUGGAAUAAAUAUAGUCACCAGGUGACGAUCGUGAUGGUGGUGGUGGUGGCGGCGGUCGGAGUUCCUACCACGUCAGCUGACACAGUUGGGAUUUGCAACGGCGAGUCGUUCCCCGACGGCGAUGCAUGGAUCUACUGUGGAUUCGCUCUACUCAAUAAGCUGAUCGGGGACACCCCCGUGAAGAAGGGUGGGUGGUACGAUACUGAGGACUGCGCCGACGACACGAUUCUGUACGGUUUCAGGUGGGCAGAUGAAGGGGCGGGCGGGUGCCUUCACGAUGCCAAGAAUUAUAUCGCCUACCGAAAUUGCUAUCACCGCAUCGGAGGUCAAGCAUGGGCCAAGGGAUGUUACAUGAGGUUUGAGGAGUACGACUUUGUAGUUGGCGAGAUUAUUGUCUAAAAUAUGAAUUAAACAUGAACUUGUGGUAUUAUGAUCCUCAAAAAUUUCUUAUGGUUUUUGGUCCUCUUGGUAUGUUGAAUGUACAAGUACGGCCUAUGAUUUAGCCAUUAGUUAGAAUUCAAAGUAUAUAAUACCAUGAGGGCGCAUAAAAAUUACCAUAUACACUUUUUAUGUGUUUAUGUUCUUCCUUUUCGGUCCAUAAUAAGCAUGGUGUGAUGCCUCAGGACAUGGUGUGAUGCAUUGUAAUUUGAAUAAAACUCGUGUAAUGGUUGGCACCCUUUAUGAAUAAGAAAAUGAAGAGGAAUUGAUUGUGAAGUUUAUCAAAAUAAGUUACCCACACCGAUUAACUGUAUUAUUGAUUCACUGAAAUAACUAAUACUGUAUUCAGACUGUCCGUAGAUGAGAUAAAUUUGAAUUCAAGCAAAUGCAAAAUAAAUAGGGUCAGAUCCUAUUCUUAAACCUCAGUUUAAUGAGUUUCUUAAACAUGUGCAGGCCGAUUAACACUGUCCCAACUCCCAACACAUCUUUCGUCGAUUCAACAUCGAUCCUCCCUACGUCUAAGAACCACUGUCCUGACGAUCCCUUCCUUCUCCUCCCGUUGUUUCGACAUUCCAACACAAUUGCUUUUGACGACUACUGGUUUCGCCACCGUCGACGACGCACGUGGACACGACCUCCCAUUAUCUAGUUGACACUGCGACCUUUUGUGAUUGCUGUUGGAAUCUUGUCCUUUGUGUUUGUAUAUGUUUACUGCACUCACGUUCCAUUUAUCAAUCUAAUUAAUAAAACCCAAGCAACAAUCACCGUUGCUUACGGAAAAAAUCGGGCCUUAUAACUUAUAAGAAAAUUGCUCCAGCGACACUGUUCAAGUAGGGUUUUUAUCCCCUACUUUUUUUAAGGAAUAAAUCGAUUUCAUUGAAAUCACACUUCAGCCUCAGCCUCAGCGGCAAUAACAUCAACAAUUUGGGCAGGAACACUACCCUACCAAACUAUGUCUCUAAGAACAUUAAAAGGAAAGAAAUGUGCCAGCUGAUGAGCAGCCCCAUUCGCUUCCUUGUACAUAAAAUUCCAAUCAACGACAUCCACCUCCAAGCCAAUCGAAGCUAUGCUUCUACAGACAUUAUCAAUUAAUCUCAGUUCUGCUGCUCUCUCUCCCUUUGUUGGAGGACUCUAUUGUAACAAAUUAGAAAUAUAGGAACUAUAUUGUAAUGUUUGUUUAUUAUAGUAGUGUUCAGUUAUUUUAUAUUACACAGACUGUAUAUAUAUGUAAAUGAGACAAUGUAUUUUUUCACCGGUUCAUUAAUAAUAAAAGUAGACUUUUCUCUUCACAAGAAUCAACACCCUUUCAGAAUAUUGAUCAGCUUCUGGCAAUCUGACUCAACCUGAAUGGCUCUUAACCCCUUCUCUUUAGCCUUCUCCAAUCCAUACUGCAACGCCAUCCCUUCCGCAAUAUCAGGAGGCAAGCUUGCUUUGAGAGUUCUGCAUCCUGCCAACAUCACGUUACCAUUCCAGUCUCUAAUUAUGAACCCCAUUCCCACCUCUCCUUUGCCGCUGCAACCUGCAUCUGAAUAGAGUUUAUAAGUCCCCUCUGGUGGUUUCUCCUAUCUGCAAUUCCUUCUUUCAGCUCCUCCCCUUCUGUUGUUUUCUUUCCCCUGAACUGCAAUAUAGUCUUGUAUGAAAUCAUCAGCCUUUGUAAACACUUCCCAUUCCUGUAGCAUCUUGCUAUUAAACAAGCAGUUGUUUCUCUCUUUCCAGAAGAACCAUAACAGAGAACAGAAUCUUUCAAUCUCCCUUCUUUCGCCUCCUUAAUCACCUUGAAAAUCCACUAUUUACUGGGGAGGGAUGCAGCCAUAUAGAACAGAUUUGCACCCUACUUUCAUUUUUACCAUAAGCUCAUUGUUAUGUUGUAUUAGAACUACUAUACCAUACAUAAGGAUUUACGUAACAAUGUUUUAUAAGAGUUACGUACAUUACAAAUAUAUUAUGUAAACCAUA